UUUAUCUUGUGAAUCUCUUACAGAGUGGAGCUAAAAGCUGAAAGCAAAGAAAAAAAAAACAAAACUAAAGAAAUAAAACACGAAUGAACUUUUUUUCCUCUGUGCCGUUAAAUACGUAAAAAAUAAAAGAAAAACAUAUUUAAUAAUAAUAUAACAAGUAAAAUAAAAACAAAACUAACUAACGGCUUUAAAAGUGAAGAGUAAGAAGAGACAAAUAAAAUAAAAAAACAAAAAAAGUGUGUGAUUUAUAAAAUUUAACACAAACUUAUAAACAAGUGACCAGAUUUAAAGUGCAGUGCAUUUAUUUAAAGAAACCGAAAAAAAAGGAAUUUAAUUAAUCAUUAAACUUAUUAAUAUAUUGAAUAUUUUUUAAAACAAAAAAAAUCGUGUUGCACGCAAAAUAAGACAAUAAAUAGAAAAUAAUUAGGAAAAGCUAGUGAAAGUUAAUUUUUUUCUCUAUUUUUUAAAGAAAAAUACACGCACGUGAAAAUUUUAGAAAAAAAAUCUUUUGUUAAAAAAUUUUUUUGAAUAACGAGCAACAAUUUCGAAAAAGUCUCACAACGGCAGCCAAAACUAUAAAUAUGAAUCGUUCAAAUAGUUUUGUCUCCGCUUUAAAAUGGUGGCCUUUACAGGGUCAUUUAAAUCAAACACAUAAUAAUGGCAAUACAGGUGAUGGUGGCGGCGGCGGCGGUGGUGGCACCGUUAAUGUGGGCCACCAUCAAAACCCUUCACACAACUCUAGCAGUGGUGGUGGUCUGGGUUUUCGCGGUCUUAUACCAUUCAAUAGGACAUCGACAGCUCAAACAUUCGGCAGUUCGGUGGCUGUACAAAAAUUACGUGAAUCCAAAUGGUUUAAACCUGAUGAACAACGUAUCUUUUGUGCUGUAGUCGAGUGCGGUUUCAUUGUUGAAGUACGCAGUAGUGCAGCUGUGGCCAGGAAAUUAGCACAACAACAGCAGCGUAGACGUCAACGCCUGUUGUCUCUAACGAAUAAGACACGACAACAAAAUAACAGCGGAAGCAGCAGUAGCAGUUCGAACGACAGUUAUGAACACGAAGACGUUGAGGAAUUUUGCAAACAUCAUCAAACAAGUGUUCAAAUGUUAUUGUCUUCGAAUGGUUCAUAUCGUAAUAAUCACAAUCAUAAUCAUCAUCAUGAUGUUGUUGACGACAAUUAUGAUGUUGAUGAUGACGAUGACGAUGAUUUGGAUUCACAAGAUGAAAAUAAUACCCCAAUUACCACCUGGUUUGGUGUGGUGCUGUGUAAAACUAAUAAAGAUAAUAAACCAAAACCCGAAACAAUUGAAAUAUUUUCUGUGAAAAUACGUGAGAAUGGCACCUUUAAAAUGAUAAAAAUGUCACUGGAUGACAUUUGGAAUAAUGAUUGGGAAUUGCGUAUUAAUAAUUUUGCUGAUAAAGAAAAACCGCCACACAAUGAGAAGGAUAUAAGAAAUCAGAUAUCCUUUGCACGCAAAGCCAAACAAAGCUUGUGGAAUAAUAAUAAGCACUUUGUGUAUUGGUGUCGCUACGGUAGUCGUCAACAGGAUGUCAGAAAACGUCAGAUGUCCGAAUGCGUUAAGUGGGGCAGUGUGGGCAUGAAUGCCGGCAUGUUGUUAUUAAUGAAUAAACAAAAAUCCUAUUCCACCUCUAAGUAAAAUUGUAAUUUUGUGCAAAUUUUUGUUUAAAUUUGUGCAAAUUUUCAAUUAUAAUUUGUGUUAAACAUUUUGCUUUAUUUGCCAAAUGUGGGUAAUUAUUUGUUUAAAACUAAUUAAUUGUCUUAAAUUAAUGAGGAUUAGAAUUCCUAAGGGAACGUUUUUUUGUUUUUCUUUUUUAUUUAUUUGAAAAUGAUAAGAUAAAAUUAAA